CCUUUCCGAGAAAGCUGGGGGCAUAGGGAAAUGUUGUGCAGCACAGCUUCAUGGGAACCGUAGUCCGGCUCCCUAACUCAAAAAAUGGAGCUCCCGAUUAAUGGAGAUAGGAAGCAGGGAACACGAAGUGAGUGGGACAUACAAACAGACGCUGUUUGCCACAGCAUGUCCGCAGUUGACGGCAAGUCUUGGGACUAAAUACAAAUCUCACGAAGUAGAGCAACAGGAGUUCCCGCGAGAUUUCAGACUGAGCGCAUUAAGUGCUUCUGGUGAAAGCGAGGAGAGGCCCCAGAGGAAGAGCUGCCGCCGGAGUCCGAUGGCAGGAGCUGGGGCGACCGUACUGCUGCGAGAGGAGAACGGCUGCUGCAGCCGACGCCAGAGCAGCUCCAGCGCUGGGGACUCUGACGGGGAGCGCGAAGACUCGGCGGUGGCUGCUCGUGCGCGCAGGCGCUUGGAGGGCCUACUCAACAAGAACAUGCGCAUUCGCAUGACAGACGGGCGCACCCUCGUGGGCUGCUUCCUGUGCACGGAUCGUGACUGCAAUGUCAUCCUGGGCUCCGCGCAGGAGUUCCUCAAGCCCACGGAUUCCUUCUCGGCUGGGGAGCCCCGUGUCCUGGGCCUGGCCAUGGUUCCUGGGCACCACAUUGUUUCUGUUGAAGUACAAAGGGAGAGCCUGACCUGCCCUCCCUAUCUGUGACUCUUGGCCCUCAGCACCCACUAGGAAAUGCCAUCAGGGAAGCUGUGAUUAUCUGUCUUCACUUCAUCUUCCCUCAUUCAUCUUCUGAUUAAAGCCUGUGAUCUAUUGACCUGGUACUACUUGGGUGGGGAGGGUGGCAGGGAGGCCAGCAACUUCCUGACCCCGAUUCUGGGCCAUGGAGAAGAAAACCAACUUCUAGUUUUGAAGGACCCAUACAGAAAUGCUCAUUACAAAGAAUACACUGUCCACUGAAACCAGAGCAAUGAGAUAAGCCUUUUUCCUACUCCCUCCCUUUACCGCCCAAGAGGAAUUGGCUGGGAAGAAGAAGAGAGAAAGUACUGUUAUGUAGUCCUCACUCUGCCACUAAUUUGCUGUGGGAUCAUGGACAAGCUACAGCUUUUCUGGGCCUUAGUUUCUUCUGCUGUAAAAUGAUGGAAUUAACAACUUUAUUUUGGGCUUGAGCACCUAGGAGAUUUGGCUAUACCAAGCUCCUUAAGAAAGAAGGGGAAUGAAUCUCUACUCUUCAUUACAGGAUGCUAAGUGAAGUUGGUGUCUUCACUCACUGACUCCACAUUGUCUCAGCAGGAAAAGGGUGGGUUGAUGGGGAAGGAUGUAGGACAGAAUCUUUGGAAGGGAAAUUUCAGACAGUAUGGUUGCCAAAAAGCCUGGUUGUGGAAGUCAGUUUGUCUAGAAUAAAACCCAGGAACACCUGCCUUCUA